CUCCCCCUCGGUCGUCUCUCUGGGUCCUGGGCGGGAAGGAUCGGGCCUCGACGUCAUUGGGCCGCGGUGAUUAGCUGGCCCUGCCAAAGGGCGACUGGGCCCGCGGAGAGGGGAGGAGCCCCCGGGACCAGCCCGCCAGGCACCGCCCCCGGGGCCGGCCUGGGAGCUCGCGGAAGCCCCGGCCCAGUCCCUGGGCCGUGGCACCAGGCCCCCCAGGGGUGGGCGCCGGGUCCCGCCGGCCAGUGUCCGGGACGGCGCUCGCACCCGGGUGCUCAGCCCGUGAGAAGAUCCGAUUCCGGAGCUGCCAUGAUUGAAGUGGUAGCAGAGCUGAGCAGAGGUCCUGUGUUUCUGGCAGGGGAGGCGCUGGAGUGUGUGGUGACCGUCACCAACCCCCUGCCCCCCACGGCCACUUCUGCAUCCAGUGAGGCUCUGGCAUGGGCCAGUGCCCAAAUCCACUGCCAGUUCCAUGCCAGUGAGAGUCGAGUAGCACUGCCUCCCCCUGACUCCAGUCAGCCAGAUGUCCAGCCUGAGAGCCAGACUGUCUUUCUACCACACCGAGGUGAGAGGGGUCAGUGUAUCCUUUCCACUCCACCAAAAAUCCUAUUCUGUGACCUGAGGCUAGACCCUGGAGAGUCGAAAUCAUACUCCUACAGCGAAGUGCUGCCUAUAGAGGGACCACCCUCCUUUCGGGGUCAGUCAGUCAAGUAUGUCUACAAACUGACGAUUGGCUGCCAGCGUGUCAACUCACCCAUCACUUUACUCAGGGUCCCUCUGAGGGUUCUUGUGCUGACUGGCCUUCAAGAUGUCCGCUUUCCCCAGGAGGAGGCAGUAGCCCCAUCCAGUCCAUUCUUGGAAGAGGAUGAAUGUGGCAAGAAGGACUCAUGGCUCGCUGAGCUGGCUGGGGAGCGCCUCAUGGCUGCCACAUCCUGCCGCAGCCUCCAUCUGUACAACAUCAGUGAUGGCCGAGGAAAAGUUGGGACAUUUGGCAUCUUCAAAUCUGUAUACAGACUUGGCGAGGACGUGGUGGGGACCUUAAACUUAGGGGAAGGAACUGUAGCUUGUUUGCAGUUUUCAGUGAGCUUACAGACGGAGGAGCGUGUGCAGCCUGAGUACCAGCGGCGCCGCGGGGCAGGGGGUGCCCCCUCUGUGUCUCAUGUCACUCAUGCCCGGCACCAGGAGUCCUGCCUACAUACAACCAGAACGAGCUUCUCCCUCCCCAUCCCUCUCAGCUCCACACCAGGCUUCUGCACAGCCGUUGUAUCCCUGAAGUGGCGUUUGCAUUUUGAAUUUGUAACAUCCCGAGAACCAGGUUUGGUGCUUCUACCUCCCAUGGAACAGCCCGAGCCUGUCACCUGGACAGGGCCUGAGCAAGUGCCCGUGGACACCUUCAGCUGGGACCUCCCCAUCAAGGUGCUGCCUACAAGCCCUACCCUGGCCUCAUAUGCGGCCCCAGGCCCCAGCACCAGCACCAUAACCAUCUGAAACUGGCCCACGUGGCACUACUUUCUUCAGGAUCCUGAGAACUCAGCACCUGGACUCUAGUAGGACCCAUUUUUUCCACCUGGGGUCCAGUGGCACAGAUAAUGAGAGGCAGACUUUCGGCUGUAGCAUUAAUUUAUUUAUUCAGAAUAAAUCGGCAGCUGCUAGUGGUUUCCCUGGAAGUGGCAGCAGCAGUGGGCAGUCAGCAAAAGGGCGGUCAGUUGAGUUUAGCUGGAGUGGGGAGCAGGAGCCGCAGGAAUAGGGGUGUUAGCUGAGCCCCACUCUGGGUCAGGCCCUCCCCCUUUGCAGGGCAGCCGAGGAUCAGAUUUUUGCACCAGGGAGAACUGGCACGUUCCUGCCUCCUGACGUACCUCACACCCAGCGGGGAAGUCGAUAGGAUGCUGGGACCUGGGGAACCAAAGGACGGGGAAGGAGUCAGGACAGUGAAGGUCCACCUUUAUCCCUGCCUCGCAUCCCCCCUCCCAGCAUUCCUCCCAUAUCUUCCCCCAGUGCCCCUGUCCCCCCUAACCGAGCUCUUGCCUGCCAUAUAUGGAUUUUUUUCGUUUCAUAGCAGGAAUAUUUUCCCUCCAGAUCCACCCUAACUCCCCUUACUUUGUAGCCUGAAGCCUUCUCUCUCACAUUUUUGUUGGUACCUUCAGGUUCGGCCAGCUUCAUACUGCUACUUUGUUCAUUCUCACACCACAGCAAUCUAGUCAUGCCCCGGCCAUCUCUCAGUCACUCACAUCAGAGCCAUUCUCUCUGGCCCUCAGUGGUCACUCACGUGUCACAGCAGCCCACACCGACGGGAUGCAGACAGGUGCAGUGGAAACAGUCCUUGCGGAGCCAAGACUCGCCCAGGGUGAAAUAUUUCCCUUCAUGGUGGCAGGGCGCUAGGGAAGAGCAGGAAAUGUUAGUGUGCUAGAGCAGAGGGAGUAAGUGCUGCCGCCCCCGCGUUUACCCUCUCCUGUUUCCCAGCUCGGGGGGUCUGGGUCUUCUGACAGGAUCACCCCUGAGCCCCCUUCCUCCCAGUGCCCUCUGCUCCUGUCCUUCCUUAACGCCUCACCCAGCUUUACCUUGAGCUUGGAAGUAGCACUUGCUGUGGACUCCUGGGUGCUGGAGGAGCAGAGAUAUCACCAAGCAGGUGAUCCCCCAGCCGCCCAGGGUCCCCUUAGCCUGUCCAGCCCAGAGCAUCCAUAAGGCCAUUCCUGCAGUACGG